CAUAAUUGUGCAAUCGGUGGUGUGUGUGUAUCUUGUUUAACGAUGCCUACAAGCAUAUGAGAAAAAAGUGUUUGCUGUAAAUUUGCAAAAAUGCAAACCGACGAGGAGGAUGCUUUUGGCAGUAGUUCAGAUACACCCGUCAAACAAAUGCGACCACUGCAAACGGACGAAUCGUAUGAGUUAUAUGCUACCAAGACAACAGCAUCGCUAGAAAGUCCACCAGCAACACCACCGGUCGGAAACGACAACGACACAAUCAGUAUAAAUGCCAAAAAGCACCAUGACGAAGACCAGCACCAGCACCACAGCAAUAGCGACAAUGACGAUCACACUACAGCAUACUCACAAUCCGAUGCCGAUGAAGAUUCAAGUUUAGUUUUCUUUAGUGAAGGCGACUUGCCGGCAGUGGAGUUUGAGCCUCCAUACAUAGCGCCUCUUGCGCCAUUGCUCACGCCAAAAGAUUGGAAAAGAAAACAGCGUAACAGUGGCGAGCAAAAGCGUUCGCGUCGGUCGAAAGCAAGUGUAAAAAGUAAGCGUCGAUCGCCGAGCGUAGCUCUAAAAGAGAGAUUUAAAAGCUACGACAGUCUAUGUGAGAUGUUUAUACAGCAGGAGAGAUAUGCCAGUGCUAACGGAGAUGCAGGCAACCAAUUGGGAAUCAACGCUCAUGAUGAUGACAAAGCGUACGAAUGUCAUAAACUUGACUACUACAAUGGUAACAGCGACGAUUGUGGGGCCGGCGAAUACGUCGAAUUUGAUGACAAACUGCUGCGCGGGAACUCAAGGAGAUUAUGCAGGCCAGCUGAUAAAAGAAAACUUCAACACACAACGAGUCUGACACUCGAUGCAGAGGCAUCCCGACAUCAACGCAACAAUUCAGCCAAAAAUAGCUCAAAGUACUCAACACCCUUAGCGCCAAUGACUGAUAAUAAUAUUUUAGAGUGUAAUUUUGUAAAUGAAGAAGACUGCUGCCCACCAAUCAAAUACAAUGAAACACUUUUCUUUGCGGAUGGUGUACGUUUGAUUGAUUUUGUGCUUGCCUACAAGGUGGAUCCGGAUGCUGCACAGGAAUCGCUCAACGCACAUAAGCGUUUUAAAUUUGAAGCCAAUCUAUUGGAGCAUGGCCUGCAAAUGGAGUUGGACUAUAAGGAGCAGCAGCAGAUACAUUUUGUGAAGAUACAUGCACCAUUGGAUGUGUUGCGUUGCUAUGCAGAAAUUUUAAAACUACGUAUGCCUAUGAAGGAGGAUCUUUGUAGUACCACAGUUUACAGCAAAUACAGUCGUUUGCAUCAUGCAGCGCAGUAUCUAUCACGAAAGAUACCAGGCAUGUCUGCAGUGAAUCGCUCGACCAGAAGCAUGUUUUCUAGCCUAAAAAGUGUUGUACAAUUUUUCCUGCGUCACAUAUUUGUGGAUGAAGGUAUAUUUCCGCGUCGAGCCCAUCGCUUCACAGCCAUCUAUAGUCGUGAUAAGGAAUAUUUAUUCGACAUCCAUCAUCGUUGCUUCUUCACCAAUGCAGUGCGUUCACGUAUAGUUCAGUUCAUAUUGGAUCGCCAAUAUUUCGAGGAGCGCAGUAAGGAUCCGCGUGCAUUUGGCAUUGAUCGUUUAGUGGAAUCAAAUAUUUAUUGCGCAGCUUAUCCGUUGCACGAUGGCGAAAUCACAGAGAAGGGUACUAUGCGUGAGGCACUGUACACUCACUGGGCCUCCGUCAACAAAUGGUAUCGCUAUCAGCCGCUCGACUAUGUCAAAGAGUACUUUGGCGUAAAAAUUGGUUUGUACUUCGCUUGGUUGGGCUACUACACUUACAUGCUGCUGCUUGCCUCGCUGAUUGGUGUCAUCUGCUUUGUAUACUCACUGAUAACUUUAAAAGAUUAUGUGCCAGUCCAAGAUGUUUGUGCCAACGAACGUACUAAAAAUCUUACCAUGUGUCCUCUAUGUGAUUGGUGCAAUUUUUGGUACCUCAAGGAGACAUGUUUUUAUGCCAAAAUUACCUACCUCUUUGAUAAUCCUAGUACUGUGUUCUUUGCCGUCUUUAUGUCCUUUUGGGCUACACUCUUUUUAGAGUUAUGGAAACGUUAUUCCGCUGAGAUAACGCAUCGCUGGGAUUUAACUGGCUUCGAUGUACACGAAGAGCAUCCACGUCCCGAGUACUUGACACGCUUGGAACAGUUAAAAAAUACGCGCACGCGCGUCGACUAUGUAACGAAUAUUAAGGAACCCACAGUGCCAUUUUGGCGCAUGAAAUUUCCUGCCACCAUUUUUAGUGUUUCAGUUGUAUUUUUAUUGAUAUUUUUGGCUUUUGUGGCGCUUGUAGCGGUAGUUGUAUACCGCAUGUCUAUGCUGGCGACACUUAAACUGGGUUCUAGUACAAUGACUACAUCGAGCGCAAUUAUGUUGGCUACAGCGUCAGCGGCUUUCGUCAACUUGUGUCUGCUCUAUGUGUUGAACUACAUGUAUACACAACUCGCUGAGUACCUGACUGAAUUGGAAAUGUGGCGCACGCAAACCCAGUUCGAUGACUCACUGACGCUAAAGAUUUAUUUGUUACAGUUUGUCAACUAUUAUGCUUCCAUAUUUUAUAUAGCGUUUUUCAAGGGAAAAUUUGUGGGACAUCCAGGGCAAUAUAACAAGAUAUUUGACUAUCGACAGGAAGAGUGCUCUUCCGGCGGCUGUUUGACUGAACUUUGCAUUCAGCUGGCAAUCAUUAUGAUUGGCAAACAAACCUUUAACUCCAUACUGGAAGUGAUAAUGCCAAAGAUAUGGCGCAAAAUUAUGGCCAUACAAGUGGGUCUCUCACGUCUGUUUAGCAGCACGACUCAUGAUGUGAAUAAGGAAAAAGUGGAGCGCUAUUUGCGUGAUUUGAAAUUACUGGACUGGGGUCCGCGCAGCUUGUUUCCGGAGUAUUUGGAAAUGGUGCUACAGUAUGGCUUUGUUACAUUGUUCGUAGCCGCCUUCCCCUUGGCACCGUUUUUUGCUUUACUCAAUAACAUUUUCGAAAUGCGUUUGGAUGCGAAAAAGUUGCUGGCAAACUACAGGCGCCCAGUUUCACAGCGUGUGCGUGAUAUUGGCGUUUGGUAUCGCAUCUUGGACAGCAUAGGAAAGCUGAGCGUGAUUAGUAAUGGCUUCAUCAUUGCCUUUACUUCGGACUUUAUACCAAGGCUGGUAUAUCGCGCGCAAGUAUCCAAGGAUCACACGCUUGAUGGUUAUUUGGAUUUCACACUUUCCGAAUAUAAUAUCAGCGAAUCGGCGACGUUACGUAGCCUUGCUGGUGACAACACGAAUAUAACAACGUGCUUCUAUGCAGACUAUCGUGAACCACCUACCUCAGAUCGUAAAUAUAAUUUAACUAGUAUGUUUUAUAUUAUACUCGCUUGUCGACUUGCGUUCGUUGUUGUAUUUGAGAAUUUCGUUGCACUUGUUAUGAUUUUGGUGCGCUGGUGUAUACCAGAUAUGAGCGUUGAGUUGCGCGAUCAGAUACGCCGCGAAGUUUAUCUGACCAAUGAAAUUAUAAUUGGCAAAGAGGCAGAGCGUGCGCGGCUGGGCUUGGAUAGACGCAGCUGCUCUGCCUGCGGGCAUGACUAUCGCGCGGACACAAUGUAAAUAAGACAGUAGUGACGAAUGCUGCAAUUGGAAUGUUGCAAUUAGAAUCUCUGUGCUUUAAGAAUAACUGGCACAAGUGUUACCACAUAUAGUGUGAUUUGACUACAGUGAAAAGUAUGGCUAGGUAUUUUUAGAAGCAUAUUUAUUGAGACACAAGUAUGUCCAUACUGGCAUUACUGUAAGCAGUAAGCUGUAAGCUGAACAACUAAAGUCAAACUUUAUUUUUAUAGCUCACUUUAUGCAAAUUAAGUUUUUUGCAUACACAACGUUGUUUCAUAGUUAGUUUUAAUUUUAAUAUUUAUAUGCGAACAAUCUCCUAAACAGCAAUGUUAAGCUUUAAAUGGACUCAAGGCAACUAUUUGCAUAUUAUUCUUAUGGAAUCUCCUACAUUUACACAUAUACGUAUUCAAUUAGACUUUUGCAAAUGCAAAUAUUUUGUUUUGUUAUAAUUUAAUUUUAAGUUUAGCUCUCAUUAAUUUCAUUGUGUGCUUUAAAUUGCCUCAAAUUAGUUUGUAAGCCUAAAGUGACAUAAUUGCUAAAGCUUUAAUUUAUUUUGUUAAUUGGCGUUUGAGUGUGCUUCGGAAAUUAGAUACAUACAUAGGUAUCUAUACAAACAAUAAUUUGAACAUAAAAAUGAAGCAAGAUUUUUAUUUUUUUACUACCAAAAUUUUCAAAGUAUUUAUGAAAUUUGUUAUAUGAAAUUGAACUAAUUGAAUUGAUGAUUUUGAGUAAUAUUUCAAAUUAGCUAUGUUGCUAGGUUUCUAAUUGUACCAUAUUUUCCCGAUAAUUAAUACUGAAAGCAUAUCGUUACUUUAAUAUAGAAAGAUUCUAUCUAACAUGUUUGUAUUCUUUUUUUUUGUAGAGUAGCUAUAAAGCUUUAUAAAAAACCGGGUUCUUCAGUUUCGAGUUGGGGUUGACCUUUCUAUAUUAAGGUAACGAAAUACACUAACUUUAUUUUCGGAAAAUUUUGCUUUCAAUGAUUAAAUUGCUUACUUAAAGAUAUACAUAUGUAUGCACAAAAUAAGUGUAAAACCUUGAAGUGGCAACAAAUUAAAAGACCUUGAACAUCCAGAGACCUUUACUGAACUGUCAAAAUUUGAAUAGGCACAUUAUAUCGAGCCCUAGCCGCCAAAAUAACGUA